AUGUGCCGUUGUGCACAAAUGAAAGCGGUGGCUUCUGCCAUGAACAGCAAGGCCAUCACUGGCAAGGAGCUGAAGGCGUCGUCCUUGGAUGCCCGAACGUGCUGUCGUCUCAUUGGGCGAAGCAUGAGCUCAAUGUUCGAUGUCCUGGCUGCCAUCUUCGUGCCGGAGAAAACAGAGGAUAGGCAAGACCUUAAGACCAUGGACAGAUGGCACCGCACCCAUCGAAGCAGGCGGAUGUCAGCUGAAAGCCACAGGCCUGUCCUGAGUCUGGUAGGGACAGCCGGGCCCUGCCACUUGUGA